AAAAGGCUACUUUCUAAUAGAAGACAAGCCCAGAACUAUAAACUCACAGAAAUAACUCAAGAAACAGAUACAAGAGUAAUAAGUUAUAUUCAGAGCCAGUUAACCCCACCUUCUUGUCUCAUCAAUGCAGGCAACUUUAUUUUCACAAGCUUAGAAGAAACCCCAUCAACAAAAUAUCUUGGUUCUUCACCUGAAAAAUGAAGGAAAGCUGUCUUCUGGCUUUUAUCCUUCAUAUAAUUGCCACAGAAGCUGCAUUUAGUGUGGGUGGUGGUGUUGGUGUUGGUGUAGGUGUUGGCAGUGUAGGUGGUGGUGGUAGUACAGGUGUCUGGAUUGGUGGAGGAAUCAACCCCCCAACCCCAUCUGGCUCUUCAGUUUCAAAGCUCAACAUAGCUUACACUGCUCUCCAAGCAUGGAAAUCUGCAAUCACAGAUGACCCAUUGGGGAGUCUAAAAACUUGGGUUGGCUCAAAUGUGUGUGCUUACAAAGGGGUCUUUUGUGCAGAUCCUCAAGAUCAAAUGUUUAACACAGCAGGUCCAAUUAUUGCAGGCAUAGAUCUCAACCAUGCAAAUCUUCAAGGCAUUCUUGUCAAAGAACUCUCUCUCCUCACUGAUUUGUCUCUUAUUCACCUCAACAGCAAUAGGUUCACUGGCACAGUUCCUGACACGUUUGAAUCUCUCUCCUCGCUCACCGAGUUAGACCUCAGUAACAACCACUUUUCUGGCCCUUUCCCCACCACAACUCUCCUCAUUCCAAACCUCCUCUACUUAGACCUCAGAUUCAACAACUUUUCAGGACCCAUUCCUGAAGAUCUCUUCAACAAAAGACUUGAUGCAAUUUUUCUCAACAACAACCAGUUUGAUGGGCAAAUUCCUCAAAGUUUAGAGAACACCCCAGCUUCUGUGAUAAACUUAGCUAACAACAGAUUUUCUGGUGACAUCCCAAUUAGUUUUGGGUAUAUAGGAGGUCCCAGAGUGAAGGAAAUUCUAUUCCUCAACAACCAACUAACAGGUUGCAUUCCUGAGGGAAUUGGGGGUUGGACAGAUUUGCAGGUUUUGGAUGUGAGCUUCAAUUCACUGAUGGGUCAUUUGCCAAACUCUAUUUCAUGCCUGAAUGGAAUUGAGGUUAUCAACUUCGAACACAACAUGCUCUCUGGGGUUUUGCCAGAUUUGGUUUGUUCAUUGAGAAGCCUAGUGGAAUUUAGUGUUGCUUACAAUUUCUUCUCUGGGUUUAGCCAAGAAUGUGCCAAGCUGGGUUUUGAUUUCUCUUUGAAUUGUAUUGCUGGUAGGGAGAUGCAAAGGCCUCAACCAGAAUGCUCUGUUAUACCUGGAGGUAGCCUGAGUUGUCUUAGAAUUCCUACACCAAAGCCCCUUGUUUGUGGUAUAUUGGUGGAAGCCCAAGUUAGUAGUCCAACCCCAUCACCUCCAUGAGAAAGAAUCGAUUACUAAGAAUUUUAUUACCUACCUGUUUUCAAUUUUAUUUCAUAUGUAUGUAU